AUGGCGAAGAAGUCUAAGAAGCAGCAGCAAAACUACUGGGAUGAGGAAGAAGCCACUCCCGAAAACUCUGCCGUGGAAGCAACUGUAGAUGAAACUUCAGUUGGGAAUACUCCCGAAGCUGAAUCAAUUGCCAAUGGAACUACCGAGACCGAUGAGACUGCCGAGACUGCUGAUGCGGAAGAAUUGGAAGCGGAUUUCAUGUCUGCGCUAAAAAGCUCCAAGAAAAAAGCCGACACUAGGGAAGAAGAGCAGGAUGCUCAGAAACCAGUGAUUAAGUCCAAGAAGGAGAAGGAAAAGGAGAAGAAAGAGAAGGAGAAGUUGAAGAAGAAGGAACAGGCCGCCAAGAAGAAGGCCCAGCAACAGGCUCAGAAGGAGAAAACUAAAGAGCUGAACAGACAACAGGCCGAAGCGGCUGCCGACACCAAGAAGGCCAAGAAAAGUGGACAAGACGAAGCUGCGGCAGAGUCAGAUGCCAAAUCCUCCGGCGCCAGCAAAAAGAAUGCCAAGAAAAUUCCAGCUGGUCUAGCGGCUUUGAAACGUCAAUUGGAACUCAAGAAGCAAAUUGAGGAACAAGAACGCAUCGAAAGAGAAGAAGAAGAACGGUUGGAGAAGGAUGAACAGGAGCGCCAAGAACAACAACAGUUGGCCGAAGAAGAAGGGAAGCGUGAAAAGCGCGAAAAGGAGAAGGCCAAACGUGAGAAAAUGAAAGCUGAAGGUAAACUUUUGACCCGUAAACAGAAAGAGGACAAAAAGCUGCUGGAAAAAAGACGCGCCGCUUUAUUGGCAUCUGGAAACAUUACAGUUGCUGGCUUGGAUAGAUCUCAGGAUGCCGCGGACACUGAUAAGAAAUCCAAGAAGGUAAUCUAUGGCAAGAAGAAGAAGAAGAGCCAACAAGAAAAAGACGCAGAAUUCGCCGUAGCUGGGGCCAAGAAAGCCACAGAAUCUGCUGAAAAUGCUGAUGAGGCGGAAGAAGAAGCUUUGGUUGAUGACUGGGAAAAUUUGGCUUUGGAAGAUGACGAGGAAAAUGAAAAUGGAGAAGCCGUUGAGCACGUCACUAACGAAGAGGAACAAGAAGAAGAAGAAAAAGAAGAAAAAGAACCUCAGCAAUCUAAGCCUACAUCGGUAGAGACCGUGAAGCGCUCUGCUCCAUCAGCCGUUUCGCGCGUUUCGCGCGCUUCGCCUGCUCCAUCCACGCCAUCUGAAAAGGACCUUCGUUCCCCAAUUUGUUGUAUUUUGGGUCAUGUCGACACUGGUAAGACAAAAUUGCUAGACAAAAUCAGACAGACUAAUGUCCAGGGUGGUGAAGCUGGUGGUAUUACCCAGCAAAUUGGUGCCACAUAUUUCCCUAUUGACGCCGUCAAGACUAAGACUAAAUCUAUGGCUCAAUUCGAAAAGCAAAUCUUUGAUGUUCCAGGUUUGCUAGUAAUUGAUACACCAGGUCACGAAUCGUUCUCCAACUUGCGUUCGAGAGGUUCUUCCUUGUGUAACAUUGCGAUUUUGGUCAUUGACAUUAUGCAUGGUUUGGAGCAACAAACAAUGGAGUCUAUCAGACUUUUGAGAGAUAGAAAAGCUCCAUUUGUAGUUGCGUUGAACAAAAUCGAUAGAUUGUACGACUGGGAGCCUACGCCAAAUGAUGCCUUCAGAAGUACAUUCCAAAAGCAAGGCAGGGGUGUGAAACAGGAGUUCGCCACAAGGUUGGAAGCCAUCAAGGUCGCCCUUGCUGAACAAGGUUUGAACUCCGAACUAUAUUUCGAAAACAAAAACUUGGCCAAAUAUGUGUCCAUUGUACCCACAUCUGCCGUGACCGGUGAAGGUAUACCCGAUCUGUUGUGGUUGCUCCUUGAAUUGACUCAAAAGAGAAUGUCCAAACAACUUAUGUACUUAUCCCACGUUGCUGCCACCAUCUUAGAAGUUAAGGUUGUGGAAGGUUUUGGCACCACCAUCGAUGUUAUUCUAUCCAAUGGUUAUUUGAGGGAAGGUGAUCGUAUAGUCCUGUGUGGUUUGAACGGACCUAUUGUAACAACAAUUAGAGCCCUACUAACACCUCAACCACUACGAGAAUUGCGUCUGAAAUCUGAGUACGUGCAUAACAAGGAAGUUAAGGCCGCUCUGGGUGUCAAGGUUGCAGCUAAUGAUCUGGAAAAAGCCGUUUCCGGUUCCAGAUUGUUGGUUGUUGGCCCUGAUGACGAUGAGGAGGAAAUGAUGGACGACGUAAUGGACGACUUGACUGGUCUUCUGGAUUCAGUCGACACGUCCGGUCGCGGUGUCGUUGUGCAAGCGUCCACUUUGGGUUCUCUUGAAGCUUUGCUAGAUUUCCUUAAGGAUAUGAAAAUUCCCGUGAUGUCCAUCGGUUUGGGUCCCGUCUAUAAGAGAGAUGUCAUGAAAGCAACUGCAAUGUUAGACAAGGCUAAGGAGCUUGCUGUCAUGUUGUGUUUCGAUGUGAAGAUCGACAGAGAAGCCGAGCAUUAUGCUGAAGAACAAGGUGUCAAGAUCUUUAACGCUGAUAUUAUUUAUCACUUGUUCGAUGCAUUCACAGCUUACCAAGAGAAACUUUUGGAGCAGCGUCGCAAAGAUUUCUUACAUGAAGCAAUUUUCCCUUGCGUUCUAAACACAUUACAGAUCAUUAAUAAGCGUGGUCCCAUGAUCAUUGGUGUUGAUGUCAUUGAAGGUUCCGUUCGUGUUGGGACUCCAAUCUGUACGGUUAAAAUAGACCCCGUCACCAAGGAAAAGGUGGUUUUGUUGCUAGGUAGAGUCGUAUCCUUGGAGAUCAAUCACACAGCUCACAACGAAGUAAAAAGAGGUCAAACGGCCGCUGGUGUUGCGAUGCGUUUGGAGGACCCAUCUGGUCAACAACCAAUCUGGGGUCGUCAUGUCGAUGAGAAAGACACUUUGUACUCGUUGAUCACCAGAAGAUCUAUCGAUACUUUGAAAGACCCAGCUUUUAGAGAUCAAGUUUCUAAAUCUGACUGGCUGCUGCUACGUAAGCUGAAGACUGUUUUCGCUAUCGAAUGA